AUGGCGCAAGCGAAAGCAUAUGAGGCAUCGGAGCAUAGUCCCUCGUCGCUGGACUCAUUCACACCCGCCCCUCAUAAUGCGUCACCUCUACAGCCGCGAUCGCAAGAAGAUGCACUGAUUCUUGAUAAUGGAGUCCCCCACUUCAUCUCCGGCAAACACUGGGCCUGGAUGGCAGCAGAGCUCCAAGACAUCCAAUCGGUUCUUGCAGAAUCUCAGAAUUCCUCCGAACAGGCGCUCGAAGAUGUCAUCUGGGACGCCGAUUCCCCUAUAGCUAAUGGCGCUACCUUCUGGCCCGAUACACGAGAGGAUUGUUAUUUGCUCCUGAAUGUUUUCCUGGCCAAUGUCGACCCAAUUCACCGAAUUGUCCAUCGGCCGAGUUUAGGCCGUCGCUUUGAUACAUUUGUUCGAACCCAUUACCUUCUAGAGAACGAUCAUAUCCCGACAGGGACCAGUAGCAAUAUGAUUUCCCACCCGAAUAAUAUGGACCCAUUCGAGCCGCUAGCCAUGUCCAUCUUCUACGCGGCUGUCAACAGUAUGAAGGAUUCCGACAUGGUCACCAUGUUCGGCACUGAUAGGUCUCACCUCCUGAAUCGAUACCGCACGGGAACAGAAGUACAUCUGAAACGGCAGAAAUUUAUGACCUCAAGGAGCUUUGAGGUUUUGCAAGCAUUUGUGAUUUUUCUGACCGCGCAAUAUCGGGAAGAUGACAUGGGCAAGGUAUGGCCGCUGACUGGGCUGGCUAUUCGGAUGGCGACAGUCCACGGACUCCACCGGGACCCUUUAGCUCUACCGCUGGGCACGAUGGAUGUUAUACAGGUGGAGCUGCGUCGCCGCUUAUGGGCGCAAAUCUGCUACUUAGAUUUCCGCGCAGCGGAGGAUCAUGGGUUUGCGCCUUCGAUUCACGAGUCGGACUUCGAUACGCGUCGACCUGUCAGCCUAGAUGACGUCGAUCUAAUCGAAGGGGUGGCAUCCUCGGUUGGACUCUCGGAUGUCCCUAAAUUCACCGAUAUGACUAUCUAUCUCCUUCGGACCACCGCGGUCCAGUAUUACGGGCGCAUUAUUCAGGUGACGCAUGCUUCGCGAAAGGGAUUGCGCACCAACCCCCGUGGUGUGGGCGAGGCCGAAGCAUUAACGGAGCUACAAGGCCUGUUCAACACUGCUGAGACUAUCGCCAGCGAGUUUGAGAAGAAUCUAGAUGAUCUCGUUCGAUACUGCGAUAAGAGGGUGAGUAUGCAAUCAAUGGCCUUAGACUUGAGAAACCACUUGAAAUCCAAAUUCUGGGUCAUGUUCUGGAUUCAAAUCUCUCGACAAGAUCGCGAAAAGGUCAUCAGUCCCGCUAUGAGAAGAAAUAUAUUCGUGGACGCCGCCACAGCCGUAGAGAACUGGUGUGCAAUUGCCUGCAGCAAGGCCUGUGAACCCUUCCAAUGGCAUAUCUUCUCCCACGCCGGCUUCUACUUGAUUCUCUACGUACUCUCCGAACUCCGCAGUCCCGGCUUCCAAUCCCCGGAGUGGGCCGAUCUCCGCCAGCGAGGCCUCCAAUUAGCGAACGCCAUCUACGAGAUUCGGGGUCAGCAUACCGCCGGUGCAUGGCCCGCAAUCAUUUGGUUGGUGAAUCGGAUUCGAUUCCAGCAGGGCCUCGGUUCUGGGAUCGCUAGCAACCAGCCAACGGGGACUGGUUUAUCUGAGAAUAAUCCUCCCAUGUCGAAGGAAUAUUUUGCUGCUGCUGCUCCUCCAAGCUCGGCCGUGCUGGGCCUUGAUACAGCGGAUUUCAUGGGUUUGGUGAAUCUGGAGGAGUUUGAUUUUGAGGACUUCGCCAGUUUGGGUCCGAUGGGGUGCCAUGGGUCACAGUGA